GUUAUUCAACACGAGCUGUCAACCCCAACACCUCAACUCCCUUCCUCCUUUUCGUCUUUCCGAUUUUCAAUUACCUCCGCCUUGCAGAGUUUUUUGGUUCGCUCGCUAGCAAUAAUUUCCUAGGCCCCCAAAUAAAGGAUGGCUAGUUUGGACAAUCUUUUCAAGAAACCAGCGCUCCCUUCCUCCUCUUCUAAUUCCUCUAAGAAGCGAAAAUUAGAAUCAUCCGUCGAUCCAGUCGCCGCCUACAAAUCCGCCAAGCUGGAAGCUCCAAGUAACGACAAAGGGAAAUCCCGCGCAGCAACGGUGGAAGAGGGUGACAUUGAUGAUACGGCUGGUCCAUCAGCCUUACCUGUCAAUUUUUUCGACAAUGCCGGAGAGGAACCGGAAGAUGAGGAGGGCGGUAGAUUCUUUGGCGGAGGGGUGAAUAAAAAAACGGCUGAGAUAUUGGACUUUAUGGAUGAGCGGGAUCGAGAUGAUACGGCUGCUGCUUCUGAAAAGAUCGAUGUGGCGUGGCUGCGGCGCACGGCAUUAGGGUUCGAGAAGAAGAUUAAUAAAAAUGCCGAGAUGAGAGGGAAGUACGAAGAUGAUCCGCAUAAGUUCAUGGCUUCUGAAGCAGAUCUCGACGCUGGUAUAAAGGCAAUUUCGGUCCUGUCGGAGCAUCCCGAAUUGUUUGAGGAAUUUCGAAAACUAGGUUGUCUAGCCAGCCUUGUAGGACUUUUAGCUCAUGAAAAUACCGAUAUAGCGAUCGACGUCGUCGAGGUGAUCAGUGAACUAACCGACGAUGAAGUAGAGGCCGAACCAGAGCAGUGGAAUGCGAUAGUAGAUGGAAUGAUAGAGGCUCAACUUUUAGAAAUGCUGACGCAAAAUCUUUCGCGUCUUAAUGAAGGAAAUGAGAGCGAUAGGAAUGGAGUCUAUCAUACCUUGAGUGUGUUUGAAAAUCUCGCAUCACAGCAAUCGUUGGCGGAACAAAUGGUUCGCGAAACGAACAUAACGCCAUAUUUACUGCAGAGAAUCCAAGCCCGUGAAUCACCAAUUUCUCAGAACAAGCAAUACGCGGCGGAGCUGCUAGCAAUUCUUCUACAAUCAUCACCAGCUAACCGCAAAAAACUGUCUGAGCUCAGCGGAACUGAUGUACUUCUACAGCUGCUAUCGCCAUACCGAAAGCGUGAUCCAGUAAAAGGCGGCGAUGAAGAGGAGUUCGUAGAGAAUGUGUUCGACUGCUUGACCUGCGUGGUUGACGAACUUGAAGGCAAAGAGGCCUUCGUUGACUUAGAGGGGGUGGAACUAGUCCUGAUUAUGCUGCGGGAGGGGAAGAUGAGCAAACCCAGAGCACUAAGAUUACUGGAUCACGCUGUCGGAGGACAAUCUGGGGCAAACGUCUGCCAAAAGCUUGUAGAUGCAGCGGGGCUCAAGACCGUUUUCGGCAUGUUUAUGAAGAAACAAGACAAUCAAACAACUGAGCAUCUACUUGGCAUAUUCGCUGCGCUUUUAACGCACCUACCAGCCGACUCCGCCUCACGCAUCAGAACGCUGGCAAAGUUUGUUGAAAAAGACUACGAAAAGAUUGCCAAAUUGACUAAAUUGCGUACCGACUACGCGCUACGCGUGGCCAAGGUGGACGCGGAGAUCGCCGUCCAGCGGGAAGAUUUGGGGUCAGUCGUUGAAGAGGAGGAAAUGGCUGAGGAGUGGUUCUCCAAGAGAUUGGACGCUGGGUUGUUUUGUCUACAGAUGACCGAUCGAAUACUUGCCUGGUUAUGCGCCGAAGACGACGGUGCUAAGAAGAGGAUUGGUGGACUGCUGGGCAGGGCUGGUGGGAGCCUAAGGGAUGUCAGGAGGACACUUAAGGAACAAAUCGAUGGCAUGACUGAAGCGUCAGAUGAGUGGCAACAGGUUAUCAAGGAUAUGCUCUCGACAUUGAUUGAAUUUCUCUAGUCAUUGUUUCUCCUGUUAUCUUAAGUUAUUUUCUUCCAUUCAUUCCUUGUCAUUUCUUUUUACCCCAUCCAUCGCUUCUCCUUUCCUUCCUCUUCCCCCCCAUUCCCUCUUUCCCCUCACGCGCCAUUACCAAACAGCCCGCCUUACCCGCCCCCUCCCUUCUUUCCCUACUUGGCAGCUCGAUAUACCCAGGAAGAAGGCGUGCGGACAGCGAGGAGAACUCAACAAUGGGAGGACACACCCAUCACACCCACAACAAAAGCGCAAGUGCAAUUCAGGGGAAUUACGAAAGAAGAGAAAUAAUAAAUAGUUUUAAUCACCA